AAUAAAUUAGCCGGGCGAAGCGCCAAGCCGGGAGCUCCGAGGGACGUGCCCGGAGUGGGGAAGCGGAGCAAUUCGGGGGGCGAGCCUGCCCGAAAUGUGGGGAGCGCCGGCUGCCCCGCGGGGCCACCCCGCUCCCCCCGGCCUGCUGCCCGUGACCUGGCUGCUGGCGCUGCACGCAGGUCUGCUGGCAGGGGUGAACAUCACCAGCCCCACGCCGCUGGUGCGCGGCACGGCGGGCAAGGCGGCGCUGCUGUCCGUGCGCUACGCCAGCGCCAGCGCCGACAAGCCGGUGGUCAAGUGGCAGCUGAAGAGGGACAAACCCGUCACCGUGGUCCAGUCCAUCGGCACCGAGAUCAUCGGCAACCUGCGGCCCGACUACCGCGACCGCAUCCGCGUGCUGGAGAACGGCUCGCUGCUCAUCAGCCCCCUGCAGCUGGCGGAUGAAGGCGCUUACGAGGUGGAGGUGUCCAUCACCGACGACACUUUCACUGGCGAGAAGACCAUCAACCUCACCGUGGACAUUCCCAUCUCAAAGCCACAAGUGCUGGUGGCCUCCUCAACGGUGCUGGAGCUCAGUGAGUUCUUCACCCUCAACUGCUCACACGAGAAUGGCACCAAACCCACCUACACCUGGCUGAAGGACGGGCGGCCGCUCAGCAACGACUCCCGCCUGCUCCUCUCCCCUGACCAGAAGAUCCUCACCAUCACCCGAGUUCUCAUGGCUGAUGAUGAUGUCUACAGCUGCCUGGUGGAGAAUCCCAUCAGCCACGGCCGCAGUGUCCCUGUGAAGCUCACUGUUUACCGCCGGAGCUCUCUUUACAUCAUCCUGUCCACGGGUGGUAUCUUCCUUCUUGUCACCCUGGUGACAGUUUGUGCCUGCUGGAAACCCUCCAAGAAGGAGAAGCGACAAGCGGAGACACAACCAACCUCUGACUACGCCGAGCAGGAUGAGGAACGCCUGAAGCACGAGGCCGAAGGCAUCCCACGGAGCGGCGAGCACGAGCGCAAGAACCCCGUGGCUUUGUACAUCCUUAAAGAUAAGGACUCGCCGGAGGCGGAGGAGGAUGCGCUGCCCGAGCCCCGCGGCACAGUGGAGCCAGGUUACACCAGCUCGCCAGUACCAGCGGCCGGUCGCUCGCCAGGACCAGUGGGGCGUUCGACUCGCCGUUACCACCGCUCGCCAGCUCGCUCACCCGCCUCGACCCGGACCCACAGGUCACCCCCGGGCUCUCCCGCACGGUCCCGCGGCGCCCCGCGGCUGCUGCGGACUGCGGGCGUGCACGUCAUCCGGGAGCAGGAGGAGGCCAACGCCGUGGAGAUCAGCGCCUGAGCAGGGCGGACUGUGCGCGCUUUGGUGGCAGCGAGCGAGCGAGCGGGGACACCGGCACGGCCACGCUGCCGCCGCCGAGCGAGCGGGGACACCGGCACAGCCCUGCUCCCACCGCUGGGCGCCAUUCCGCUCGGCGUAAAGUCACUAAUUUCCUAUUGAUCCCACCCAGAGCUCCCCUCUUCCGUCCCCCAUCUUCCUGGGACAUCGCUUUAAUGGCUUUCUCGCCGGGACGAGUGUGCGGGGAGCGUGCAGAAGGCACACGCGUGUGCGGAGAGAACAUGCAAUCAGUGCACGGAGGGAGUGCCAGAGGGUGUGCGUGGAGCACUGCACAGAGCGAGCAUGCAUGGGGCGUGCAGGAGGGCAAGGGACUCUGCACAUGGGGCAGGCACGAGGGUGUGCAGCAGGUGUGCACACAGUGUGCAAAGAGGAUGCACAGAGCGUGCGGAGCCCAUGGGGAGAACACGGAGCGUGCAGCUAACAGUGCACAGAGUGUGCCCAGAGCGUGUGUGCAGAGUGACCACUGAACCUGCAUGGCCUUUGUGAGGGUGCCAGAACUGGGUGUGUGCUCCAAACGUGCACAGAGUGUGCAUGGAGCAUGCGGAGUGAACACGCACACAGCAUUUGCAUGGGACAUGCACGCAGCAUGUUUGCAAAGAGUGUGGGUAAAGGGGGCGUGUGCAGUGCUUGCACAAAGCACACAGAGCGUGUGGUGUGUGUGGAGAGUGUGUGCACAAAGUGAGCAGCUGGGUGCUCAGAGCAGGCAUAAGAGUGAACCUGCAAUGCUGGCACAGGGUGUGUGGAGCCUGCAGUGAGUGUGCACAGUGUGUGUGCAGUGCUGGCACAGGGUGUGCA